AGAAAGAAGAAGAAAUGUAAAAAUGAUUUGCAAAUAUUUAAUUAUUAUCAAUCACAAUAAAAUCGGUGUCUUAGAGCAAAGAAAUCAGACCCUAGAGUGAAAACUGCAUAAUUUGAAAUUCAUCAUUCAGUUGUUAGUAAUUUCACUUUCAUUGAUUUAGUACUAUUCUGACUAUCAGUCAGAGGGCAAAGAGCAAAACGAGAUAAAAUAAUCAUUCUCAAUCUCAAAGUCACUCUCCGCUGUUUCUGCUGAAAAGACGCACACGAUGGUUCGCUUUUCCAAGCCAACUUUUUUCAUCCUCGCCACCUUCAGCAAUCCUGCACCACGGAAAAUAAUAAUUGCAGGCACAAGAACUGUCACAGUUCAAAAAGGAGAUGAUCAGAAGUUUCAACGAGACGAAAGAAAAGUUGGAUCGAUUGACAAACCUCGUCUAUAAUCAGGUGUUGGGUUCAGAAAAGGUGGUUGCUGAAGUACGUGAAAAUUUUACAAAAUUCUCCAAAAAUACAAAUGGCAGGCUGGAAGCAUUGGCUGAGCUUGUCGACCGACGCCUCAAUCAGACGGUGGUGAAUUUAGAACAGAAAUUGGAGGAUUUGGAAAAUCGGCAACACAAAGAGUUUGCGGAAGUCAAAACUUUGAUAAGUUGUACGCCUGCUAAGUCAGGAUUGAAGACGCUUUCCAACGGAAAAAUGUACUUUUUUUCUCACCCAGUCAAAGGAAAUUGGGCAGUUGCGAAUGAAACUUGCGACAAGAAAGGGUUGAACUUGGUGACAAUCAAAGAUCUGAACGACCUCAAGGUUUUGUGGGCAGAGGUCAAAAGAAUCGGUUCGGAUUUGGCGACGUUUGUUUCAGCGAGGAAUUACGGAAUUGAAGAGCAAAUGAUCGACUUCCGGUGGCCGGACGGGUCCACAUUGGGGCUGGACAGUCCGUUGUGGAGGGAAGACGGCGACGUCAACAACGGCUGCGUCUAUUUCUACAGCGGCGUCACCGAAAAACUCAACAGCGACUCUUGCUCCGCCAAUUUGUUUUUCGUCUGUGAACUUCCAAGCGAAUGCUAUGUUUGAAAAAAGUGGAAAACUGUGAAAUAUUAAAUAAAUUGAAAUCUUUUUGAAGUUUUGGUUACAAUUUGCCUUCAAAGAUAAAAUUUUUUCUACAAAAUUAAUAAUGAAUCUUUCAUUUUGAAUAAA